AGAUAGUACUACUCCGUAGGCAUGAUCUGCCGUCCACGCGUCGAGAGCCCGUCUGGCCAUCUUCCCUGUCCCCCCGGCCCCUGCUUCUGUUCCUCCCCAAUUUCCCAUCGCCUAAUCAAAUUCAACCAUCACUAUUACCAAUCAAUGCUUGAAAUACUUCCUUACAACUAGUCAACAAGAAGAGCCCACUUUCUUUCUUCACGCACAAACACGCACCAGAGAGUGAGAAAGAAACAAACAUGGCGGAUGAUGAUGCCAACAAGCCCAACGGAGGUUUGGUUGCGGAGGGUGUAGGGGAGAGUGAACAAGGGACGAAAGACGUGACCCUUUACACCAUUUUCAGCCGCUUGAUCGCUGCCGCUUUCUUCCCCGAUCCGAGUUCGUCCGGACCUAUGCUGCAGAGGGUUAAAGCCUCGCUCUCUGUCAAUGUCCCGCUGCUUCGCGAUGCUUCAAGGAACACUGGUCGCAAUGUUCUCAGCUGGACCCGUCGCGGCAGCCCUCUUCGCUCCCUGCUCGUUGUUUCUGUUGGGACGAUUUCUUUUCUUGCCUUGACAGGAUUGUUUGUCUUUAUGCUCUUCUUUAUUGCGGCAACCGUCAAUGCUAUCAUCAUCUCUCUUCUCGUGUCUUUAGCAGCAGCAGGAGGAUUUUUGGCUAUAUUCUUUACCUGUGCUGCAGUAAUUUAUGUGGGAGCAUUGGCUGUAGCCAUCUUUGCCAUUUCCACAGCAACAAUUUCAGCAGUUAUUGCAGUUCUUGUAGCUACAGGUUGGAUCGGAUUCUUCUGGACCCUGUGGCUUGCUGCAAAGAAAACCGGACAUCUGGCAAAGCAGUCCAUCUCCAUGACCGGAUCAGCUGUUUCUGCUUAUUCUACUGCUUGGCAUGCCCGAGACCACAACGUAUCAAAGAAAUCUGAUUGAACAUCUAUUGCUCUGUACUGUGUGGACAUGUAUAAGAUAUGUUGUAUAUCUAUCUCUGUAUUUGCAGUCUCUUUUUCGAGUCAUACAAAAUAAUGAUGCUGCUGUUGAUGGAGUAUAUUAGUUUUCUUGGAUAGUUGUGAUCUAUCAUAUGGUUUUUCUCUAUGUAGACUACUUUUUUCUUGUAGCAGUGUAAAUGCUUCUGGUUCUAAUGGCAUAGUCUGAGUAAUAUACAUAGAAUUUGGCAGGGUUGUAGAAAUUGCAUAUAUGAAUUAGUGUUUGGAGUUGUAAAAA